AAGGGGGAGUAUGUGAACUGUAUCCUGAGUUGCAGUCCUGUGCCUGCAUUCCUCUCAUCUAGGAUUAACGUUAGCUUGAAAGGGGGGGGGGGAAUCAUAAAUAAUAAUAGACGCAGAUUGGAAUACGGCGCUGAAGCAUCUGUUUUCAAUCAGGACUGACGUUUUAAAAGGCGUUAUAUCCCUGGAUGAUCGCGGAACUGGAUCUGUUUUUGUUUUGUUUUACGUGAAGCGCCUAUAUAAAGGAGACACAAACGAGAGGAAAGUAAACCGAUACGUCGUUUUUAAUUCGCGUUAAACAGGAAAACAAGAUGGCUGAUGAGCGAUAACAAGGGCCAAACGAUAUCCUCUCAUUUAAGAGCAACAAAGGUAUCUGGCUUUAACACAUAAAUAUUUUUUGCUUCGAUUUCGCUUCGUCAAGAUAAAAUACACGACAUCGGGCUCUAAAAAUGAAUGCAAUCCGUGUCUGGUAAGUGCGGCCAGGUAAACAUCAGGCGAAACAUGGACCGGGAUCAGGUUGAGGAUCAUUCUGUAAUGUUUAUCCAACACAGAUAGAGAAUAUCUUUGAUAAUGAUAAAAUCGCAGCUCUUUGUGGUUUAAUUGCACGAGAGCAUGUUGCCAUGCAUGUAUACGCGUCAAUUGCAUGUUCAUUCAAAGUCGUGUCACUAUAAUAGAUAAAAAAUAGUCUUUCUAGUUCUACCGGCUGCCUCUCUUGUAGUUGCAGGAGACAUAAAUCCUAUCGAUAUAGUGUUACACGGGCAGCACAGAGGCUCAGGUCUACUUUAUUAUAUUCCAGCAGGGCAGAUGUCAUGUGCACAAAUCAAACGCGUGAUCGACUGCUUCAGUGAGCGACUCUACAGCUGCUUCGAGGACUUGUGGCGUCACCCUUUUCCUGUUUAAACUCUGAACAUUACUACAUGCUUCCGACGAUAAGACAUUUUCAUGUUGAUUUAACUGAUCUUAUCUUGACUGACACUGGACAUUAGACGAUGUAGUAUCCUUUAACUAGUAGUUUAGUUAUCUUUUAGCGGAUAGUUGGGCAUCUGUCACUGAUACAUCUAUCUCGGGUUUGAUUUGGGUGCCCAAUAAAAGAUAUUUACAGAUCGUCGAAGUUUCUCUCGUUCUUAAAAAGAACCCUGAACGUCUGAAGAUUCCUUCUUUCACGCCCGUCUGUGGUAUUUGAUUUCUGACGAACUGUGCCAGGAGCAGAAACGCUCCCUUGGCAUUUUUGGGUCUGAUCUGCAGCUGUUUCUCUGGGGCUUCUGUGCUCGUAUGGUCUUCAUCUACUGAGCUAACACUUGGAUCUACAUGAAGGAGUCACGAGAAUGAGCAUAACUUUGUGGGACGGUGCUAGAGCUUGAUAUUUGCCAACUCAAAACUGGAUGUCUGAUCAACUGGUUGAGAUGGCUGAGAACUGGUGGAACUGCUUCGAGGAGGAGCUCAUUUGUCCCAUUUGUUUGCAUGUGUUCGUGGAGCCCGUGCAGCUGCCGUGCAAACACAACUUCUGCCGGGGCUGCAUCAGCGAGGCCUGGGCCAAAGACACGGCCAGUGUGCGCUGCCCGGAGUGCAACCAUGCAUACAACCAGAAACCCAACCUGGAGAAUAACAUCAAACUGACUAAUAUUGUAGAAAAGUUUAACGCGCUGAACGUCGAGAAAGCUCCGGCCGUGUUGCAUUGCAUUCUGUGCAGGCGAGGGCCUCCUCUUCAAGCGCAGAAAGUGUGUCUUCGUUGUAAUACACCGUGUUGCCAGUCUCACAUCCAGACGCAUCUCCAGCAGCCCUGCCCCGCUCCUGGACACCUCCUGGUGGGGGUUGAGGAGGUGCAGGCCUGGAGCUGCUCGCACCAUGAUGAGUACAGACUCUAUCACUGCGAUGUGGAACAGGUGGCGGUCUGCCAGUACUGCUGUUUCUCCAGAUGUGCGCCCAAACACGGCCAAGCGGUGUGCGACGUGGAAGUGCGACGCAAUGACAUCAGGCACAUGCUAAUGAAGCAGCAGGAUCGCAUUGACGAUAGAGUGAAAGACAUCGAGGAGCAGCUGUAUAAGUUGGAGUCUGACAAACUCCUGGUGGAGGAUAAGGUCCAGCAGCUGAAGAAGGAGGUGCGUGUGCAGUAUCACAAAAUGCACCAGCUCUUAGAAGAUGACCUGGGGAGAACUCUAGAGGUGCUGGAUAAAGCACACUCCAAAUACUGCCAGGAGAACUCGACCCAAACCCUGCACCUCAGUGAGCGCCGUCAGGAGGCCAAGAAACUGCUCAGCUCUGUCCAAGUUGUGUUUGACAAGGCAGAGGAUAUUAACAUUAUGAAGAACACAAAACCAGUGAAAAUACUCAUGGACAGAUCACAGUCAAGCACAGGCAGUGUUCUGCCUCCUUGCAAAGUGGGUCAUCUUAAUUCCAAAAUAUUCCUGUCUGAAGUCUCAAAAAAGGAAAAGAACUUGAGAAAAAUACUGGAAGCACCAUUCAGUACUCCUGCGCACUUCCUCCAGAGCAUUUCUGUCCACCCCUCCAGUGUGAAUACCUCUGGGGGGGAGAAACGCAAACACCCCACGGCCUUCCCUGAAAGCAGCACCAGCCUGCUGGAGUCCUCGUCAGGCCCCAUGAGCAAACAGCAGUUCCUGGGUCAAGGCUCCACCUCCACAGAGGGGGCAACGUCGCAGCCGCCCAUGGUUCCCUGUAGCUCCACCCAGCACAUUGUAGGCCUCAGCAGUAGCAGCAGUGCCCAGUCUGUCCAUCAUUCCAGUUCAGUUUUUACUCCUGCUGACUACCCCAACCCCAGCUCUUCCCAGCAGGCCCUGCUGCCGCAGUACGGUGGCCGUAAGAUUCUCAUGUGCACGAUGGACAACUGCUACUGCUCUAGUGUCCCCUCCAUAUCGAACCACCGUGGCCAUCCUCCCUACCCACGCUCGGGAUCUUUCCCUUGGACACAGGACUACACCCACCCCCUGCCCUCCACGCCCUCAAUGUCCCAGCCUCUCCAGGGGCUCUCCAUGCAUGACUGGAUCGAUGCCUCACAGAGCCACAGGCACCCUGAUUUCUAUGGAUUAUACGGCCAAUCUUCCACUAAACCAUACAUCACCAGUUAACUUCCACUGCAUCUCUGGUUUAUCUCCAAUAACUCGCCCAUUUCCUUAAGGUUCGGUCACAUUUGCGAAAUUUUGAGUGCAAAAACAAGUCCAUUGUCAAUUGCAUAGAGAUGUAUGAAGCACAGCUCGCACAGAAGUCCGUUUCAAACCAGGCGAAUCUGCAUGACCAACUUGAGCGAAAUCUGUUUGUGGAAUUUUUUUUUGCCCUUGAGCGAAAUUCCCAAUUGCGUGGAUUCCUAUUGCAAAGACUGGAUUUUGCCUGCAAAAUUUUGCCAAACAACGGCAAAUGUGACCGCACCUUUAGACCUUUUUUCCUGCCUGUCUUUCAAAAUCAGGAUUGUUACCAUCACAAUCAAAAGGACAGCACUUUUUAGCAUGCAAUGCAAACACUGAUCUCUUCCAACUUAAGCAUUAACACCUUUUCUGUCCUGGUGUAAAACAUGAGGGAAUCUUUCUUUUAGAAAUGUGUAGGUGGAGUUUUUAAAAUUUCAAACAGAUUUUGGAUCAACUGCACAGAGUUCUGACCCAGAGCAGAUAAUGAUCGCUUGUAAAUGGAGUUAGUUUUAACUCGUUUCACCUCCCCUCUUCCUAUUAUUAGGGCAUCUGGAAUCUGGUUG